CAGACAGACUGGAUGUUUUGCAGUGUUUUGGCUAUAAGGAACGUGUGGCCGCCGUUCCUUGGCUUUUCCCAUGGACUUCAGACUUAGAGAUUUACUUUUGGCAGGUCUAGGGCUACUUUUGAUGAUUGACCUAAGCACUCAAUAUCCAAGUCCAGAAAAAAGAUUCCUUAAAUGCAAGUGUGAUAUUUGUCAGAAAGAUAACUACACAUGUACCACCACUGGAGGGUGUCUAACAAUCCUAAGAAGAGAGGAUGGCGUGGUAAAGAGAGCUAGAAGUUGUACUUUCAAUUCCCCAGGUCAUCACUUUAUAUGCAGACCUGCCGAAGAUGAGCAAAAUCGAGAUAUUAAACACCAUUGUUGCUAUUAUAACAUGUGCAAUGUGGAUGCUAAUGUCACACUACCCACACCAAGACCUGUUACUGUAAACAGCAAAGGAAGUGAUGAUUUCACAACACGCAGCCAUACCCUCAAGACAGCAGAGGUGGCAGCCAUCAUAGCCUGCCCCAUGUUUAUUAUAUGCAUGUUUAUAAUGCUGGUUAUAUGGUUUUACCAACGRCGCAAGUCACAGCUUCCAACAUACAAUGGAGUAAAUUCAGAGGACAAUCGAUCUAUUGAAAURCCACCAGGAAUGUCUCUAAAUGCUUUGUCGGAUAUUUCUACAGGGUCUGGCUCUGGUCUUCCUCUAUUAGUUCAGCGUACUGUAGCACGGCAAAUCACCACCGUUGAAUUGAUUGGUACUGGACGGUAUGGAGAAGUUUACAGAGGAAAAUGGAGGGGAGAAGAUGUUGCUGUUAAGAUCUUCUCGUCAUGGGAUGAAUGUUCAUGGAGCAGAGAAGCAGAAAUUUACCAAACAGUUAUGCUACGACAUGACAACAUUCUUGGCUUUAUCGCUGCAGAUAAUAAGGAUAAUGGAGCAUGGACACAACUCUGGUUAAUAACUGACUAUCACAAGAAUGGAUCACUGUAUGACUACUUACAAGGAAUGACACUUGAUGUKAAUGAAAUGCUGAUUCUAGCUCUUUCAACGGCAAGUGGUUUGGCUCACCUWCAUAUGGAGAUUACUGGUACAAUGGGCAAACCAGCUAUAGCUCAUCGGGAUCUAAAGAGUAGAAAUAUUCUGGUCAAAAGCAAUGGGACAUGCUGUAUAGCAGACCUUGGACUGGCAGUACGUCAUAUAUCAUCMUCUGACAUUGUUGACAUACCCAAUGGUAGUCGUGUAGGAACCAAGCGUUACAUGGCUCCUGAAUUUCUGGAAGACAGCGAAACAGUGCGCAGUUUUGAUUCAUACAAGAAGGGGGAUAUUUAUGCAUUUGGUUUGGUCUUGUGGGAAAUUGCACGUCGCUGCAAACUUGGUGGGAUGUGUGAAGAAUACCAGUUGCCUUACUAUGAUAAAGUGUGCGUUGACCCAAGCAUUAAAGACGUAUGGCAGGUUGUAUGUGUAGAGAAAUAUCGCCCUCUYUAUCCUACCUGCUGGAAGCAAGAUGAGGUCAUGAUGAAGUUUGCCAGAAUAAUGAAGGAAUGUUGGUAUCAUAACCCAUCGGCCAGAUUGACAGCUCUACGUAUCAAGAAGACACURCAAAAUCUAUGUGAAUCUUWUGGUGUCAAUGGACGCUCUAUUGCAACUUAACAAUGCCCAAAUUGGCUGUCGCAAAUGUGUGUACAAUGCCGAAUAUCCAUUGUACUAGAAGGCAUUAUGCCGUAGUACGAUGAUUCUGCAUUGCUUACUGUUCACAAACAGUACCGCGAAUUUUUUCGACAAAAAUGAGUAAAAAAAGGGAGAUUGAAAACAUCUUCACUCUAUAAGGUGGAGUCUUGAAAUCAAGCUAGGGCUAUUACAUAUUAAGCUAAAUAAAAAUUGCAAGGCAUAAUCCAAAAACAACUGCAGAGCUCCACCUUAAUAGAUGGGGUUUGUUUUGUUGCUUGUAUUUGGCUUAUCUUGAAUUGGGUGAACAAUGUAAGAAAGGAACUUUGUAUUAUUAGGAUUUAAUCCAGAGUUGUUCUUUGCAGUGCAACUGCAUUGUGACUCACGGACCUGACAAGUCUGUACAUAUGAUGCAUAUACUAAACAAUUCUUGUGUGUGCUGGUCGCCUUGAAAAAAAAAAAAUCCUUAAAAAAUGUAAAAAAAAAAAAAAAUAGAUUUUUAGUAGGUACAUGUAUUUAGAAAACCAAGGUAGAUGGAUCCACAGGAAGUAAAAUACUAGAAUGAUCUUAAUUAAAUAAAUGAGUAUUAGUAUUUGUCAAAAUAAUUUUUUUAUAAAUGUAUAAUAAGUGGGUAGUGAGAUACUCCAGACUCGAGUUUUCGUUUGCUCAGGUUCGCACACAUUGACUUUUUCGCAUACAAAUUCCUUACUGUCGACGAAUAAAAAAUUAUUUCUAAGCCUGUCAACAAACCUUGAGCAACAGGAGCCAACAUGGAUUCUCGCUCAGCCCACUUUYGUGUGUUUAGUAAGUGAAAAUUAAAGAUUCAUUAGCUCUGUAAAAAAUA